AUGGCGAACGAGUGCUCGUAUCGCGACCGACCCUUUAAGAAGAGGAAACUGCCAUCUUCACCAGGCAAUACGGAUGCAACAUUACCCAGCGCUCCUAUCACUGGAGCUUUCACUGCACCGUUCGAAAGUGUCUAUGGGAAGCCGCGCCAUUAUCCCAAUCCUGGGUAUCUUGGCUCAUCAAGUCACACAACCUUCUUUGACCAUGUUUCGGGCAAAACUCAAAGCGAUCUGCCGAUCAUUCCUCAGGAAGACUUGCAUGAUCACUCACACACUCUGGGAUGCACAGUCGCCGAAGAUAAAAUCGAAGAAGGGGCAAGAUUUAUCACGCAAGUCCGCACCAGCGCGCGACUACCGGUUUGGAAAUCGCUGGUUCAGACCUGGGUGAACGAAGGCAUCAAUCUACCAAUCGCUGAGCCCUUCACCAUGGCUUGUGCAACAUUAUCCACUGCUACGCUCGAUCAAGACGAAAUCGAAGUUGAGGACGAGCAUCAAGAGCCUAAAAUUGUUACAACCAUCUCAAAAGAGCUUUCCACACAAUCGUGUGGGCCUCUUUUGAUACACGUGGGAGAAUCUAUUGAAGCCUUCUGCGAGUUCUUUUGCAGAGGAAAAGCCCGAUGGGAGACCUUGGGCGUGUUCUUCACAGCUGUUUCGCGCGCGACUAUAGACGUCACCCGCUUUGACGGACUAUACAGCUCAGAGCAGGAGCGUCGAGCCCUUCGCAAACUCGCAAUGCGUUAUUCAGACACCUGCCUUGAUAUAGCACUCUCCUUGGACUGCUUGAAUGAUCUACAACUUAUUCUGCAAUACGAGAACUUCAUUCUGCACUCCAUGGUAGAUGGUGAUCAGAGCUACCAUUCUUGGCGAAAGUUGGGUAAUGUCGUAAGUUCCUUGUUCGCUUUGGGCUAUCACGAGCAACUGGGUGACCCUUCAAUCACACCCGCCUUCUUGACGGAACUUCGAUUUGUAGUGUUCAUUCGGACCUACUCUGCAGACAAGAACUGCUCCAUCUUCCUAGGCCGACCACCACGCAUGCUGAAGCGUUAUUGUGCAACAGCUGAUGUGCCGGAGAAAUGGAAGCCGGACGAGCAAUUUACGUACCGUGCGGAUACUAGAGUUCAUGGUAUCUGCGCUUCAUUGAAAGAAGACGUACUUGAGCUCCAGAAGGAAGAUCGAGACACAAGAACAAGGAAAGCAAGUGACAUACGAACCACUGUGGAACUACAAUGGGCUGCAAUACCGAUCUCACUCAGACUCGACAAGACUUUAUCAUCUUACACUCAAAGUCGUGUGGAAAUUGAUUUCCUUGUCAGCGCGAAGCUCAAUUUCACUCAUGUCAAGUUUCUUUUGGAGCUUACUAUGACGCCUCGCAUCUCAAACCCUGGGCAGAAGCUACUCCGUACAUCGGCAGACAUGCUCAGCAUCGUUGUGGAGGCAAUCGUGCUCAAACAACGCUUAGCAAACUCAGGGACAUCGUUAGUAUGGAAGGUCGCCUACUACGGGCUCGCCGCUGCGGGCGUUCUUUGUCUAGCGUUACUUUACAAUACAUUCGACCGCGGUGCGUCGGACGUAACUCCUUCCAAAUCCAUUCGCGAUUUGAGCGUACUUGUUGCAGAGAUUGAAACGGGCGCUUUGCUUCAGCCAGAAGACCCGAAUUACGCACUACUAUCUGGUGCUGCUCGCACAAUCAAGAACCUCCUUGACCGUUUGAUCACUAACAAAUUCUCCGCUCAAGCACUUAAAGAGCCAUUCGCGAAUGUCUCAGCGAAAGCCAUACCUCGGUACAACAACAACAACAACAACAACAACAACAACAACAACAACAACGAGCUUGGCUUUUGGAAUUCAGAUGGUCUGCAAGACUUCGAUCCAGCGUUCUGGUUAAACUUGUCUGAACAUCCGUUCUUGAUGACGCCUGAGCUUGAGAUCUCAGCCUCCUCGCAGUCGUAA